AUGUUUGCUUGCGACUCAGCUGAUUUGUGCGUCGUUGAUGGGCCGAUCUCUGGAGCUGCAAACUACCUAGUGGCUAACAAGUUUGCUAGAAUUUGGUGCAUUGGACCAUGUCCUUUAUUCAAGAAAAUGAUGGAGGUUUUCAGCAAUGUGUCCUCAAAAGAGCUGAUUGAAAGUGUGGGCUCUUGUUCGGGUGGUGAUCCAGCAGAAGACAUAGAGGUUUAUCGAUGUUUCUGA